ACAAAAAACAUGAUGUCUCAAAAGGCAAAAACUCUCAUCAUCCAAAGUUUAUUCUUGUCAUCAUUUUUAUGUGUAUGCAAUUGUCAAUGCAAAUUUAAUGAUCAAAGCACAAAAAUAAAAGGAAUGUUUAUAUUUGGAAGCUCAUUAGUUGAUAAUGGGAACAACAAUUUUAUUGAAAAAUGUAAAGCAAAAGCAAAUUACUUGCCAUAUGGAGUAGAUUAUGUAAAAGGUCCAACAGGAAGAUUUACAAAUGGUAAAAAUGUGAUUGAUCUACUUGGUGAACUUGUAAAACUUGGUCCAAUUCCAACAUUUAAAGAUCCUACAACUAAAGGGAAUGUCAUUCUUCAAGGUGUUGAUUUUGCUUCUGGUGGUUCUGGUAUUCUUGAUGAAACUGGUCUUGUUUCUGGAGAAGUGAUGGGCAUGAAUGAACAAAUCAGAAACUUAGAGAGUGUAACAAUACCUGAUUUGGAAAAGCAACUUGGAUGCAAAAGCAAUGAAGCACUAAGCAAUUACUUAUUUGUAGUUGGAACUGGUGGAAAUGACUUUUCACUAAACUACUUCUUGAAAUUCCCAUUCAAUAAUUCUACUCUUCCAGGCUUCAUUUCUAAAUUGAUCACUGGACUCUCUCAACAACUCCAGAAGUUGUACGACUUGGGUGGACGAAAAUUUGUGGUAAUGUCAUUAUAUCCAAAUGGUUGCAGUCCAACGGUGCGCGCUAGACUCCCAAUUCCAACGCCAUUUGAUUGUGUUCAAACAGUAAAUUUAGCUUUGGGUCUCUACAAUACCAAUUUGAGGAGCUUGUUGGAUUACAUGAUGCAAAAAAUGCCUGAUUCUAAGUUUGUCUAUGUUGAUGUCUUCAACAUUAUUAGGAAUAUCAUAACAAGUCCUUCUCAAUUUGGUAUUGAUAAUGUGAGAGAUCCUUGUUGUGAAAUACUAACAAUAAAGGAAGGUGGGAAUUCAACUUUGUGCAAAAAUGGAGGACAAGCUUGUUCAAAUAGGAACAAAUUUGUGUGGUUUGAUGGGUUGCAUCCCACAGAAGCUGUGAAUAUUGUGCUUGCUAAUAAGGCCUUUAAUUCUGAGAUUGAUAGUGAAGUUCAUCCAACAAAUGUUAAAAAACUCAUAGAAGGGUAAUAUGGAUUUUACAAUUAAAAUAGUUGCAAUACGUAACAACUUUUUGAAGCCUAGGAUGAGAUUUUAGAAGAUAAUAUUUUUAGUUUAAUUAUAUGCCACAUUUCACAAGAGAUCUUCUCUAUGUUAAUAAAUAUGUAGGAGAUCAAUAGAAUAAAAUACAAGAAUCAUUUUCUUCUUUUGUAA